AUGAGAGAUAAGGAAUAUGCAGUCGAGGAUCACGUGUUUAUCAAAGUAAUUUCGAUGAAAGGCCAGACGCGGUUUGGAGUAAAAGGAAAAUUAGCACCGAGAUAUGUUGGACCAUACGAAAUCCUUGAGAAGAUCAACCCAGUAGCAUAUCGGAUAGCCUUACCACUAGUCAUGGAACAUAUACAUAAUGUUUUCCAUGUCUCCAUGCUUCAAGAUUAUCUACGAGAUCCAUUACAUGUCAUUGAACCUAUACAUGUGCUUUUGAAAGAUGAUUACACCUAUGAGGAGAAGCCAAUACAGAUUGUUAAUCGCUGA